CCCCCGCCUAGGCCCCGCCCCCGGAGCGGCGGGCGCCGCCAGCCAGCCGGGCUCCCUCAGGCAAACCGGUCUUGGCGGGGCGGGGAGCGGUGCUUCCUCCUCAGAGCUCCGCGCAGCGCCCUCCGCCUCGUCCUUCCGCCCCUGCCUCCGCGGCGCUGCGGCGAGCGGAAGGCGCGCGAUGCGGCCGGCGGGAGCCGCGGCCGGCUUGGGGUCGCCGGCGCGGGACCUGUCGCUGUGCGGGGAGCUGCCGCAGGCCCCGCCGCCCCUGAUCUCGUCGCCGCCGACGGCCGCGCCCUCUGGGCCGCCGCUCCCCGCGGCAGCCGGCGCGACCCUCAGCCGCCUUCCGGAGCCGCUGCUGCGGAGGCUCAGCGGGAGCUUGGACCGAGCGCCCGAGGGCCGGGGAUGGAGGAGACUGGCCGAGGUGGCGGGGAGUCGGGGGCGCCUCCGGCUCAGUUGUCUCGACUUGGAGCAGUGCUCUCUCAAGGUCCUGGAGCCCGAAGGCAGCCCCAGCCUGUGUUUGCUGAAGCUGCUGGCUGAGAAGGGCUGCACGGUCGUGGAGCUGAGCGACUUCCUGCAGGCCAUGGAGCACACCGAGGUCCUUCAGCUCCUCAGCCCCCCAGGAAUAAAGAUCACUGUAAACCCCGAAUCCAAGGCAGUCUUGGCGGGACAGUUUGUGAAGCUGUGUUGCCGGGCAACUGGACAUCCUUUUGUACAAUAUCAAUGGUUCAAAAUGAAUAAAGAGAUUCCAAAUGGAAAUGCAUCUGAACUUGUUUUUAACACAGUGCAUGUAAAAGAUGCAGGCUUUUAUGUCUGUCGAGUUAAUAAUAAUUUCACCUUUGAAUUUAGCCAGUGGUCACAGCUGGAUGUUUGCGAUGUCACAGAAGUAACAGAAAGCUUCCGGAGCAGUUGGGAUGGCAUCUCUGAAUCCAAGUUGCAAAUCUGUGUUGAACCAAAGUCCCAAAAACUGAUGCCUGGCAGCACGUUGAUCUUACAGUGUGUGGCUGUCGGAAGCCCCAUUCCUCAGUACCAGUGGUUCAAGAAUGAAUCCCGAUUAACACACGAGACAAAAAAGCUAUACAUGGUACCUUAUGUGGAUUUGGAGCAUCAAGGAACCUACUGGUGUCGUGUAUAUAAUGAUCGAGAGAGUCAAGACAGCAAGAAAGCAGACGUCAUCGUAGGAAGAACAGAUGAGGCAGUGGAAUGCACUGAAGAUGAAUUAACUGAUCUUGGGCAUCCUGAUAAUCAAGAGCAUACAGUUGACCAGCCUUUGGCAAAAGACAAGGUUGCUCUUUUGAUAGGAAAUAUGAAUUAUUGGGAGCAUCCCAAGCUUAAAGCUCCUUUGGUGGAUGUGUAUGAACUGACCAACUUGUUAAGACAGCUAGAUUUCAAAGUCGUUUCACUGUUGGAUCUUACUGAAUAUGAGAUGCGUAACGCCGUGGAUGAAUUUUUACUGCUUUUAGACAAAGGAGUCUAUGGGCUGUUGUAUUACGCAGGACAUGGAUAUGAGAACUUCGGGAACAGCUUUAUGGUCCCUGUGGAUGCUCCAAAUCCAUAUAGGUCUGAAAACUGUCUGUGUGUACAGAAUAUCCUGAAACUGAUGCAAGAAAAGGAGACCGGACUCAACGUGUUCCUGCUGGACAUGUGCAGGAAGAGAAAUGACUAUGACGAUACCAUCCCAAUCCUGGACGCCCUGAGAGUCACCGCCAAUAUCGUCUUUGGAUACGCCACGUGUCAAGGAGCAGAAGCUUUUGAAAUACAGCAUUCUGGGUUAGCAAAUGGAAUCUUCAUGAAGUUUUUAAAGGAUAGGUUAUUAGAAGAAAAGAAAAUUACUGUGUUACUGGAUGAAGUUGCAGAAGAUAUGGGUAAAUGUCACCUUACCAAAGGCAAGCAGGCGCUAGAGAUUCGAAGUAGCUUAUCUGAAAAGAGAGCCCUUACUGACCCAAUCCAGGGAACAGCACAUUCCGCAGAGUCUCUGGUGCGAAACCUCCAGUGGGCCAAGGCGCACGAGCUUCCAGAAAGUAUGUGUCUUAAAUUUCAGUGUGGUGUUCAGAUUCAACUGGGAUUUGCAGCCGAGUUUUCUAACGUCAUGAUCAUCUAUACGAGUAUAGUGCACAAACCACCUGAUAUAUUAAUGUGCGAUGCCUAUGUUACCGACUUUCCACUUGACCUAGAUAUUGAUCCCAAAGAUGCAAAUAAAGGGACCCCCGAAGAGACUGGCAGCUAUUUAGUAUCAAAGGAGCUUCCCAAGCACUGCCUGUACACGAGACUCAGCUCACUGCAGAAAUUAAAGGAACAUCUGGUCUUCACGGUCUGCCUGUCGUAUCAGUACUCGGGCCUGGAAGACACCGUAGAGGAAAAGCGGGAGGUGAAUGUUGGAAAGCCACUCAUCGCGAAACUCGACAUCCACCGGGGCUCGGGGAGCAAGACGCGCUUCCAGACGUGCGUCAUGUGUGACGGCCCCUACCACAGCCCUGCCGCCGGCCCCGCGGGGGCAGCCCGCUACCGCCCGCCUCGGGACUCCUUCUCGGGCGCCUCCCACUCACACCUCAGCAGCUCGGGCAGCGUGCUGCCGUCAGACGGCUGUCGCUGCAGCCGGACUGCGGACGCCUUCAUUUCAGGCCAUCACAGCCACCAUUACUCGUGUCAGUUUGGCAGAAGCAACGUGCCAGUAGAGACGACUGAUGAAAUGCCGUUCACUUUCUCUGAUGGUCUUAGAAUUUCUGAAAAGUGACUUCUUUGUUCUUGAAAGUUCUCAUAAUUAAUAGCUGUCUCAUCCAGCAGUACUUACAUAAAGUGAGAUAUUAGGGGAAAGCAAAUAGAUAUACAUGUAGCAAGACAAAAUUAGUUGACAGGCAUUUCAUGGCAAACUCAGGACUUUGAGAUGUUGGAAUUAUUUAACUACAGACCUCCUCUUAAGAUUUUGUGGAUGGGUUGAUUUGUUCUGUAAGUAUGAAGUAUGGGCGUGUAUAUGUUUGUGUACAUAACAGUGUUUUCAUCUUGACCACUCUGAAGUAAGAACAGUGGGAACGGCAUUACUGUAGAAUAAGUCAUUGUAUUUCUAGAACCAGGACAAGGACCUUGGUGAUCAUCAGGCUUAACCUAAUUUUUGUCAGUGGGAGAAACAGACUGAGGCAUCUUAUUUAAGUUAGAGCUGAGAUCUCCAGGUUUCUAUUGCCGUGUUUAUUCCACUACACAUUGCCUUCCUGACAGGUUCUGAGACAGGUAUGAUUUCUGUAGAUAGACUUAAAGACAUGUAAAUAAGAAUGUCUGUGUAUAAUCUAGAAGCGCAUGAACUUUAGUUUGUGAUUAUAGGACUUUGCUACAAAUACUAGUUAAGUUUGUGUAUAAAUCUUUGUAGAACAGGC